CGCGGUAAGUUUGCAGAACCUUACAGCCAGUCACGGCCAGCAGGGAGCUCACUUCUUUCAGCUUUUCUGAGGUUGCAAAGUCCACUGACACCAUGUCUGACACAGAGGAAGUUGAUCAGGUCGAGGCCGUAGAAGAGGAGGUAGUAGAAGUAGAGGUGGCCCCUGAGGCGGCCCAUGAGCCAGAGGCAGAGGCAGAGGCAGAACCAGAACCAGAACCAGAGCCAGAGCCAGAACCAGAACCAGUGGUAGAGCCAGAGCCUGAGCCAGAACCUGAGCCUGAGGCUGAGCCUGAGCCUGAGCCUGAGGCUGAAGAGGAAAAGCCAAAGUUCAAGCCGACCGCUCCAAAGAUCCCAGACGGUGAGAAAGUGGACUUUGAUGACAUUCAGAAGAAGCGUCAGAACAAAGACCUGAUUGAGCUGCAGGCUCUGAUCGAUGCUCACUUUGAGCACAGGAAGAAGGAGGAAGAGGAGCUGAUCGCGCUCAAGGAGAGAAUCGAGAAGCGUCGUGCUGAGAGAGCCGAGCAGCAGAGGGUUCGUGCUGAGAAGGAGAAGGAGCGCCAGGCCAGACGUGAGGAAGAGAGGCGGGUCAGAGAGGAGGCUGAUGCCAAGAAGAAGGCAGAGGAUGAGGCCAAGAAGAAGUCUGCUCUGUCCAGCAUGGGCUCCAACUACAGCAGCCACCUGCAGAAGGCCGACCAGAAGAGAGGAGGAAAGAAGGAAACUGAGAGAGAGAAGAAGAAGAAGAUCCUGGCCUCCAGACGCAAGCAGCUGAACAUCGACCAUCUGAACGAAGACAAGCUGAAAGAUAAGAUCAACGAGCUGUACGAAUGGAUGUGUACGCUGGAGUCUGAGAAAUUCGACCACAUGGAGAGACUGAAGAGGCAGAAGUACGAGGUUACAACCCUGCGUAAGAGAGUGGAGGAGCUCAGUAAAUUCAGCAAGAAGGGAGCCGCCGCCCGCCGCAGAAAGUAGACUGGCUCUCCGCUCCGCUGCUCAGACACCAAACUGCAACCGCCUCGGACGCAC